GUCCCAAGGUUUCGUCGGAGUCACACGGGGCUCGGCACGAGCGCCUGACUGACAAUUGAGCACGUAACAACGAGACGUCCGCAAUAAGAUUUCAAGUUACGCGGGCGCUUGUGCUUUUUAACAUAAAUAUAGGUUAUCUAGCGCCGGCGCCUGUCCCAGCAGGUAUAUAUUCUCCGAUUAGAUCAAAGCAGGCGUGCGUUCGUUUGUCCAGAAAUAGAUUAACCCACAGGUAAACAAAAGGGACGUCGCACGUGCCAGCGCUUCCGAAAAUCCAGCGAGACCGCCGCACGCGGGACCAGCCUAACCUCAACGCAUCCGAAUAACACGUAGAAAGGAGAAAAAAAAUUUUUUAGCUUGCGCAUUGGACGCUUUGGCUGCAGCACGCAGAGCACAGACGGAGAAGGAGCUAUACUGCCUACGUAGCGGAGUGCGUGCGCCUCUCCUGGGUAUCGUCGUUCCCGCAGUUAUUAAUUGAUCGACGUGUACACGAGAGGAGGCGCGCCGCGAAUUCCAAAAAUAACGACGUGCCCCCGUAGUGCGGCGAGUCAGCGGUAACAUACGAGCGAGAUAGCACGCAGGCAGAAUGUCGUCGCGCUUGCUAGUCAGGCGGCUCCAGUCGUCGCGCGCGCUCCUCAGUUGUAGCGGCGCCAGCAUGACGGGCACCAGAGCUUCCCCGCGCGAGCAAUCCACUCAGCAGCAGCAGCAGCACCAGAGGGUCCUGACCGAAGACAAUGUCUUCGACAAUCUCGUCAAGAUGGAGUACGCGGUUCGCGGACCGCUGUUGCUCAGGGCGUUGGAGAUCGAAAAGGAAUUGAAGAAGGGCGCCCAGAAGCCGUUCAAGGAGGUGAUCAAGGCUAACGUGGGCGACGCCCACGCCAUGGGACAGAAGCCCGUCACCUUCCUCCGGCAGGUCCUCGCCAUCGCCCUGUACCCCGAGCUCCUGGAGGAUCCGAGGUACCCGGAGGACGCCAAGAGCCGCGCCAGAGUGAUACUCGAGGGCUGCAAGGGCUUCAGCGUGGGCUCGUACUCGGAGUCGGCGGGCAUCGAGGUCAUCCGGAAGCACGCCGCCAAGUACAUCGAGGAGCGCGACGGCGGCAUCCCCAGCGACUACCGCAACGUCAUUCUGUCGAACGGCGCCUCCGACGGCAUCAAGGCCUUCCUGAAGCUCUUCAACGAGCGAAUCGACGGCCGGCCCACGGGCGUACUCAUUCCGAUACCGCAGUACCCGCUGUACUCGGCGACCAUCGCGGAAUUCGGACUGCAGCAGUGCGGCUACUACCUCGACGAGGACAACAAGUGGGCGCUGGACACGAGCGAGCUCGAGCGCGCCCUGGGCGAGGCGCGGCGGCACUGCAAUCCGCGCGUGCUCGUCGUCAUCAAUCCGGGCAACCCGACCGGCCAGGUGCUGUCGCGCGAGAACAUCGAGGCCGUCGUCAGGUUCGCCUACAAGAACAGGCUCUUCUUGCUGGCCGACGAGGUUUACCAAGACAACAUUUAUCACAAGGACUGCUGCUUCCACUCCUUCAAGAAAGUCAUAACCGAGAUGGGCGAGCCUUACGUCAAUAUGGAGCUGGCAUCGUUCAUGUCUAUUUCCAAGGGUUACAUGGGAGAGUGCGGCCUUCGCGGCGGUUACGGCGAAAUCGUCAAUAUGGACCCGAAGGUCAUGGCUAUCUUGUUGAAGUCGAUUUCGGCGACGCUCUGCCCGACCGUCGUUGGCCAAGCGGCCAUGGACGUCGUGGUGAAUCCGCCGAAACCGAGCGAGCCCAGCUACAAACAGUUCCAGAUGGAGAAGGAGAGCACGCUCAAGUCGCUUGCCGAGAGAUCGAGGCUGGUCGUCGACACUCUCAACGGGAUCCCCGGCUAUCAUGCCAAUCCUGCUAUGGGUGCUAUGUACGUUUUUCCGAGAAUCGAUCUGCCGGAGAAGGCGAUCAAGGCAGCCAAAGCGGCGGGCCAGGAGCCCGACGUGUUUUACGCUUUCAAAUUGCUGGAGAGCACUGGUAUCUGUGUAAUUCCAGGCUCGGGUUUCGGUCAACGUCCAGGUACUUAUCACUUCAGGACGACAAUACUGCCGCAAAAGGAUAAAAUUAAAUCGAUGCUUGGGCAGCUCAAGGAAUUUCACUUAAAGUUCCUUCAAGAGUACAGCUAGGCUCUGUAAUUGUAUACGUGUAUUAUGAUUUUUUUAGCGCGAUAUAUCAAAAAACGUACGCUAUUUUUCGAUUCGGAUGUUCUAUGUACGUUCUUUCUAUAUAUACAUAUAUAGAAACGAGAUAUUUUCUUUUUCCUCUUUGAUUCACAGCAGAAGUCCUGCGUGUGCGCCAUGCUAUGUAUAUCCUUGAGAGAUUUUACCUACCACAAUUUUUUUACACAAAUUUUUCGCAGGUCGCUAGUGUUACUUAUUUAUUAAUUCUUAAGCUUAGUUACAUUUGUAAAUAAUUGAAAAAAACUUGUCUAUAACGAAAUCGUUGACGUUGCUCAAUGUAUGUGCUCUUCAAAAAAAAUGUAAAGAUAAAAUUUUUCCAGUAAAACUUGA